ACCGGUUGCCAUAGCAGCAUCCUCCCAGACGGGAGAGCGGGUGGCGCGAGGGGCGGAGCACCACUUCUGCAGCGGACCGGGCUCGCUCUCCUGCAGGUCUGAGUCUUAGCAAAAUGAGCGGUCAGGGUGAGGCCAGCAACCCUUCCGUCGCUAAAACCUGCGGCCCCGCCGCUCCCGACCAAGCCCCGGCACAUCCGGACCUAAACCCGCGCCGGAGCGAGGACGCGGAGGCGCCGCGGGAGGUGGAGGUGGAGGUGGAGGUGGAGAUGGCGCACACAGGUGAGGGCAGCGUGGCCGGCUCCGCGGAGGGAGGCGCAUCCCAGGCCCCCUCGGGCGGUGGCCCCGUGCUCGGCGAUCAAGUUGCUCGGGGUUGUGAGGCGGCAGCCAAAACGGACCAGAAAGAGGCUCGGCCUCCCGCAGAGGGACUGGACGCAGCCCCUGCCUCCCCCUCGGUGGCUGCCGACAAUAGCCAGGAAAAUGGCUGUCAGCCGCGAGAGCCGUGCGGCCCUGCUGGGGAGAAAGCACCAGAAGCCUGUGACGCAGAGGGAUUGGGGUCUCAGAUGAUGCCUGGGGCCAAGGCCAAGGACGGGAUGACAAAGAAGUGCGCCAUCUCAGCGGCAGUGGGAAAGGAGGGAGUAGCCGAGGAGGCGGUGGAGGAGAAGAAAUUGGUACAGAAGGAGAAAAAGGUGGUAGGAGGAGGGAAAGAGGAGGCGCGGGCUAGGACCCCGAAGGCCAAUAACUCCAUGGACUCGCUGGAGGCGAUCGAUCAGGAGCUGUUAAACGUAAAUGCCCAGGCAGACAGGGCCUUCCUUCAGCUGGAGCGCAAGUUUGGCCGGAUGCGAAGGCUCCAUAUGCAGCGCAGAAGUUUUAUUAUCCAAAAUAUCCCUGGCUUCUGGGUCACUGCCUUUGGGAACCACCCCCAGCUGUCACCUAUGAUCAGUGGUCAAGAUGAAGAAAUGAUGAGGUACAUGAUCAAUUUGGAGGUGGAGGAGCUUAAACACCCUAGAGCAGGCUGCAAAUUCAAGUUCAUCUUUCAGAGCAACCCCUACUUCCGAAAUGAGGCGCUCGUCAAGGAAUAUGAGCGCAGAUCCUCCGGCCGGGUGGUGUCUCUCUCCACUCCAAUCCGCUGGCACCGGGGCCAAGACCCCCAGACCCAUAUCCACAGGAACCGGGAAGGGAACACUAUCCCCAGUUUCUUCAACUGGUUCUCAGACCACAGCCUCCUGGAAUUCGACAGGAUUGCUGAGAUUAUCAAAGGAGAACUGUGGUCCAAUCCCCUACAAUAUUACCUGAUGGGUGAGGGGCCCCGAAGAUUUCGAGACCCAGCAAGGCAGCCGGUGGACAGCCCCAGGGCCUUCAGGUUCCAGUCUGGCUAACUCCUGGCCUGUGAGAAGCUCCUGCACCGUUUCUUUACCACCUCCUCUUGGGUCCUAUGCUUAGCCAAUAGCAUGCAUUCUCCCUUCUGCUUUCUCUUCACACCGGAUUAUUUUGUUCUUUGGUUCUUCUAAGUCUUCAAUCAGUUGCAAGAUUAUCGCUUAUAUGUCUAUGCUCUUCUUCCUCUGGGCUUCCUUGCUGUUCUGCAAAGUGUUACAUGUUCCAAGUGCAUGGCCUUGUACUGCUUUUGUGCCAAGCACAGGACACCGUAGAUACGCACUGACUUCCUCUGCAUGCCUUGGGCCCUGUCUGUGACGAUGGUCUUUCCCCAGGUUUUCCAGUGGUGAGCUGCCACACGUUAACUUGAUAUAUAUCUUUGCAAAUAACUAGCUGGGCUUCAUACUUUAUGCUGGCUGUGCUCCUAUACUUGGCACUCUGUGGCAAGAUCUUUUGAGCUUCACCACUGCAAGAUGAAGCUGAUAGAGAUGAUGCCAGCCAUCAACCCAAACUGGACAUUCCAGGCUACCACUAACUGGUUCCCAGCUGCCUUCCUGGGCUUAUGCCAUCCAACCUGCUGGUUAUCUGGCAGAAUAAGCAGGUGGCUGGUGGGUAGCUAAUAGGCUUGAACCGGGUAGCAGAUGAGAGGUACACUGUGUCAUGUUGAUCUUCUUAUGCCUUUGGUCACUGUACUGUGACCAAGUACUGGUGAGUAUGAAAGCUGGGCUGUGGCCUACCCAAACCUGUUUUCAGUCUUUUGGAUGAGCUUUGUCCACGUACCAUUGCCUGCCUCUUCAGGAACUAUCUGUGGACUGAGCCCCCAGGCAGCACACAGGACCCUCCCCCACUUCCCGUUAACCCCUCCAAAUGGUUACCCAUAAACCCACUGGCUGUCAGGAAGGUUGGGCAGUCAUAUGUGAGUGCCCAAAGCAAGGCUGGCACGGGGGUCCCUGCCAACAACCUUUCUGAGUUCUGGCCAAUAAACCACCCUUAAUCUCGGAAACUUUGUUAGGCAUCCCCUUCCUUACCUAUUCUAAGCAUGACAGAGUUGCUAGGCUGGGGCACUGAGGACGAUGUAUUCCUGCCCCUCUUCCUCCUCCCCCCCUUCUCUCCCUCCCACCUUGUCUCAUAGCCCCCCUCUUCUCCCCCUCCUCCCUUAGCAGCAGUUACAGUUCAGAGACAAAACUAGCAAAGCAGGGUUUUUGUUUAGUGUGCUCUCCCCUUGAUUGUAUCCAGAGGGAGAAAGCUACUGUAUAAUAAUAGAUUCUCCAGAUCUCAUUGCCCUCUUCCGCCCUCAUGCCUCCACCCCACUUCCUUUAGCAAGAUCUAAAUGUUUCAAAGGGAGACCUAUUUAACUGUUUAGUUAUGCAGUGCUCUUUUAGACCAACUUGCUCAUUAUUUACCAAAACCUCCUGUGUGUUUUUUAAUCUUUAGUUUGAGAAGCUGGGAGGAGAGACAGAAGCACUUCACAGAGAUGGGUUCAAGACUCACAGCAGGUUGUGAUAUAAAGCAAGCAAAAAUUAGUUUGACUCCACUUUUCUAAAGAUGGCAAUUCUUUGUGGGGGCCUUGGACCACUUAGAAAUAACCCCAAGCAGCAUUUUGUGGGUCAGCCCUGUGUUCUGUACUAUUUUAUUAUAGCCCUGAUGUCCUAAGGGCCUCCAUCCUACUGCCUGGCCCUUGGCUCUCAGUCCCCAGCUUCCUCAUUUCCUUCCCUGCUUCUGCCCUAACAAAAGAGGGAGCAGGCUGCUGUCUGCAUUGGGCAGGUGCCAAGUCUCCCUCCUAGGGUGUAAGGAGAUAGGUGGCGCCUCUGGAUUCUCAGACAAGUUCUAGUUGGUGGGACAACAGUGUGUCAGGGCUGUCUUACUGCUGGAGGGGUAUGGUGGUGCUGAUGACCUCCACCCUUACCCUUUCUCCUUUCUUGGCGAAGGCCUGGCCAUAAGCUCCCCAGGGCUUGGGAAAUCUGGAUACAGAGCAUUGGGGAGCAUGCUCUAAGCUGGAGAAACGGAAAGCCCACAAACAAAUGAGCCUGCUGUGGAGUGGCCUUGGAAGGCAGGCAGGGAAGCCUGGAACCCUGCAGGUUCAGGGGUGAGAGGGAAGGCCCAAGGCUCUCCCCAGGAGAGGUGGGAGGAUCAGUGGUGAUUUAAAGCGGAUGCUUGGAAGAGGGUUUCCCGCUAAUUUUUCCUAUCUCCUUGAAUUCACCAGACUUUUAUACACAUAAAUGCAAGUCUAGAUGUUUUCUAUUAUUCUAUGAGUGAUCUUUUAUAUGUGGAAGAUUGAUGGUAUUUGCUUCUUAUUUCACUGUGUUUGAGUAAAAUCCUAUUCUCUAUUUUUGCUUGCUGGCAGAAUUGACAUUUACAGCCCCCCCCCUUUUUUUUUUGCUUGUAAUUGAGAAUGUGUGCAAAAAUAUCAAACUUGUUUCCUGUGCAGAAUGAAGACUUCUGUGAAUAUUAUAUAUCAGCUUGUUCUGGUCUCUCUUCGUAUAUAGCUCUAUCCUUAGAAAUAGAAUUUGAAUAAUGUGAUCUUUGAAGAGUCUGAAAUUGUGCAAAUGUUGCUGUCUUGUGAAAGUAAUCUCAAGAAGAAAAACAUAACCGUCUUCUUUGGUAUUUCUUGCCCUAGUAGUAAUGUGGUACUUGAUAUUUUAUGUUCCUAACCAGUGUAAGUGCUUGUAGAAUUGCUCUGUCAAAUUUAACAAGGGUCCUUUUGUCUUCUAUGUGCUCAAAGGAAAAGUAAAAUCUGUCAGUCUGCUGUAUUUCUUGUUUUCACCAAAAUAAAAAUUAAUAAAGUU